AUGGCAUCUCUACGACCGACCUUCGCACUGAGAGGUCGGUGUCAGUCCUCAGCGCCACAAUGGCAGCAGCUUCGGCAGAUGUUACAGGGUCUGCAGCUCAGCCCGAAGGCCAGGAGUGCGAGGCAGCUGUCCACAACAACCUCAGGCGCCGACGAUGCCACCAGCGCCGAUGACUUCGCAGCGAUGAGCAUGGGACGGGUCCGGGCGGCUUUACAGGGCAUGGACAAGAGGAACGACACGCCUGGCAGCAGCGAGCUUCAAUUCCCCCCACACGCCCGAGCCCUACCGAUAUCGCCGUCGUACUUCUCUCGACAGUCGGAUUUCAACGACAGCUACCUCACACUACAAAAACUGAUGCGAAAAUAUGCGCAUCUGCCGACCGUGCCGGCAGACCAAGUGGAGAAAGCUGCUUUCAAGACGCUGAAGGAUUACCGGCUGUCGGCUGGCGAAGACAUCAAGGCGUCCGAGUACGCGAAGGCCAUGACGCUCGUCAAGCGAUUGCACAAGAUUCACCCGUCAUUAUCACCAGAAAGUGUCAAGGACGCAGUUGGGAAGUUCAAGCGGAACAUCAACCCACACACCAACAUUGCCAAACCAAUCGAAAUCGACAAAUUCGGCAGGGCACUGGGUGUGGGACGGAGGAAAACGUCCACGGCACGCGCGUGGGUUGUAGAAGGCACUGGCGAGGUCCUCAUCAACGGAAAGUCGCUGGCAGAUGCGUUCGGCCGCGUGCACGACCGUGAGAGCGCCAUGUGGCCGCUGAAGGCUUCACAGCGGGUGGACAAGUACAAUGUAUGGGCGCUCGUUGACGGCGGUGGCACGACCGGACAAGCAGAGGCACUUACCCUCGCUGUUGCCAAGGCUCUGCUUGCGCAUGAGCCAGCACUCAAGCCGGUGCUUCGACGAGCCGGAGUCGUAACUCGGGAUCGCAGAACCGUCGAGAGGAAGAAGCACGGCCACCUCAAGGCAAGGAAGAAGCCUGCCUGGGUCAAGCGUUAA